UGUCGUCAAUCGCUUCAUGACCUGCUGGGCAUGACGGAGUUCGCGGAUGUAGAUCAUGAAUAUGUACGAUAUUUUAACAGUUAUGAGAGUUUUGCCCGCGUUCUGAUGGAUUCUCGCCGGACGAGUGAUAUGGUGACUUUCCGUUUGGCCCAUAAUGCGCUAAUACGUUUUCUUACUGAUGCUAAUGAGGGGAAAAAACAUGUACUGAUGUUUAUUCGAUCAGGCAAUCUUGCACCGCUUUUACUCUGCAUCCGUGAUGAGAUAAAAGGCCUAAAGCGUCACAGUCACUCUAUUCCACUUGCAGCCUCACUUGAAAUAUUACAACUUUGUUUUGAACGUAUUGCCAUAGAUGCUCAGACGAAUGUCAAACUUAUUACGGUGAGGGACCAGUUGUUGGCCGAUCUGGAUGCGGCAGGAAUCGAUAGGUACUGUGUCGCAGUCACACGGGCAUUUACAGAAGAGGAAGAUUUAAAGGUUGUCUACAGUGCGACACGGCUUAUACAUUCUCAAGUUUCCAUUUUGAGUAAAAAGAAGGGCGAUUUUCCGACUGUAUGGUUUCGACAAGUGGCAUGUGCAUUCUUUACUCUUCUUGAGAAUAUAUUGACCCCCGAUGGAUGCCCUUUGAGCGCGACGGGUACGUUACUUAGUGCACGGCGCAUCACCAUCAUAUUUAUUGUUUUCCGAGUCUUGAACUCCCUUGCACGUUGGAGACUGGAUAUUUUACAGGAGUUGCUACACGACGCUUCUAUUGACAAGGGAGGAUCAAAUAUUCACGUAGAUCCGAAGGUUGUGCCGGAAAAAACACCAAAUGUGAUUACACUAACGGAGAUUUUUCACGUGCUUAGUGGAUUCUUUACAUAUGUUCAGACUCACGCCGAUCUGCUUGAAACCAUUCCAGGGGAGAAUACCGUUGACGAAGGUGUGCGUGGGUCCUUUGAAAGUGCAUUAAAGUUUGGUGUGACUUUGGCGCAAAUACCACCACUUCCGGCUUCGCAGCCCUCCAAUAGUUCUACAGCAGGGUUAACAAUGACGCCGGCUCGCCCACCGUACUACCUGCGGGCGGCACUCCACGAAUGUCUCCUCCUUAUCGGCUACCUUUGUGUGCAGGACAAGCAGAUCCAAGGUAUGUUUGCCUGGGGGAAGGGUAAAUCAUUGCUCUCUAGAAUUCUUUCUGCUCUACCAUUGCAGUACUUCACCUCGGCGAUGAGGAAGAAGUGA